UGGAGAGAGGUGAUAGGAAGUGGUACAGGAGGGCUUGGCAGCUUCCCGGCCCUCACACGUGUGCUGAUGUGCAAUGGAGGGGAAAAGGAAAGUCAAGGUGCCCCCUGUGUGUUUGAGUGUGUUUCUGGGAUGGAUAUCCUGAUUCACAUGGUGCAUGUAACAGGCUGUGGUUGGAAGGCAGACAUUGGUGAGGAGUGUGUUUUGAGUCAAUAUAUUUUGGAGAAAUGUAACCUUUUUUGUUAUUGUUUAAAGACCCGUGGAAGAAGCUCUUCACGAGGAAGUAAGAAGAUGCAAACAAGUGAAAGAAGUGCAGGAAUAUGAUGUUCUAGUUCAAGGCUAAAUUUUGGCAAAGGAACCUUGCAGCUCUUCACAGGAAUUUGCUCUGUCAGAAACAUUUACUCAUUUUCAGAAGCUGCCAUCCACUUGGGACACUCUGUGGCGUUGGUCAUGUCUUGUAAGCCUCAUUGGAUUUUAUUGGUCUUCCACCAAAAAGAGACUCUUUUGUGACAGCAACACUGAUGUUAUUGGUGCUUUUCCUGACACUGGGCAUUCUCUUGAGGCCUAAAUGCUCCAAUUAAGAUCAAUGGAAGAACAUGUUCAUUUCUCCCUGCUGGUGACAACAGUAUGCUUCCAAAGGGGAAAUCUGAAUGUUCUUGGAAAGUAAGCUCUGUGGGAUGGAACAUGAGGCUACCCAGCUAGAAAAGCAGCAUGUGCACAGUGUGUAUGAAAAUACAGCUGCCUACUUUAGUGAUCUGCAGACCAAAGCAUGGCCUCGUGUUCGGAACUUUCUGCUGGAACAAAAGCCUGGCAGUCUCGUUGUUGAUAUAGGUUGUGGAACUGGAAAGUAUCUCAGUGUCAACAGUCAGGUGUAUAACCUGGGCUGUGACUACUGUGAAGGACUGGUAGAAAUUGCAAGGAAGAAAGGUGAUGAAGUUCUGGUGUGUGACAACCUUAACCUUCCCUUUAGGGAUCAGUGCUUCAAUGCAGUCAUUUCGAUUGGAGUGAUACAUCAUUUCUCAACUAAACAAAGAAGAAUCAAAGCAAUAAAGGAAAUGGCAAGGAUAUUGACACCUGGAGGCCAAAUAAUGAUUUAUGUUUGGGCUAUGGAACAAAAGAACCGUCGCUUUGAGAAACAAGAUGUAUUUGUUCCGUGGAACAAGGCCUUGUGCUCACGCCAUUUUUCAGAAUCAAAUCAAUCUGGAGAUAAGGGUGAGUUUAUCCCUACUGCAAAAGGCCAAGACAUACACCCUGCACAGCUUGUCAUCUCUGAGUGCAGCUACCAAAACAAUCUGCAGCCGGAAACUGAUUCAAAACAUUCCCGUACUAUGGACCAUUGCUUACCCAGGGCCUGCUGCAUGAAGAUUUCUGAGGAAGAGAACAGAUUUUACAGUGCUCUAGGAAGAUCUUUCCGCUCAUGGUUUUUCUCCAGAUCCCUGGAUGAAUCAGCCCUGAGAAAGCAAAGUGACAAAAUGAAGCAGCUGAAACAUGAAGGAGUGUGGGCAAACACUACUGUGCCCAUUCAACACUCUCGGCACUGCAGUUUGGAUUUGGGGCACCACGGGGCACUGCUAAACGAACAAAGUUUAGAUGAUUAUGAUGAUGUGUUUGUGGAAAGCCUGUCUCUCAAAAACCCACAGUGGUCGCCAGCCGCAGGUGCACUGAAGGAUUUAAGUGUAAAUGGGGGACACCAAAGUGCAGUUCAGAGCAAGGGGGACAAAGCUUCAUUCGUGAAUGGCCCAGCGGAAGACGGGGACUGCAUCUGUGGCUGUAAGAAAGAUGGUGCUGCUAAGUCUGAUGCCAGCAAGUUUUUCAAAAGAACUUCAACAACUGACUCCACGGACUCAGCUUUGGAUUCAGCAGUGUCUGUUGGGGACCAGACUGGUGCCAUGUUGGAUCCAAAGGCCUUCAUGCGUUAUUACCACGUUUUUCGGGAAGGGGAGCUGUGUUCUCUGGUAGAAGAGAAUGUGCCUGAGCUGCAGAUACUUUCUUCCUGCUAUGACCAUGGGAACUGGUGCAUUAUUGCAGAGAGAAGAGGAACAUAGCUAUAAAGAGAACAAAGCAGAAUCCAGUGACUGAAGAUUUUAAGCUCUUCCUUGCAUUGCUGUGAUUGUGCAGUGUGACAUGGAAUUUGAAUCUUGUAGUUGUCUGUCAUUCAUUUUUGAGUUAUUAUCUCUCAACUAUUUAACUAGCUAAUGCAAGGUCUGUAUAUAGGAAUGUAAGUGGUAGACAAUAUUUAUGUUUUGUUAAACUUUUAUGAAGUUAAAACUGUAGAGUUUUAUAUUGCUGUUAGCAAAUAAAUGUGUUUUAAAAUAUACUUUUCUAUUGAGAAAUAAACCUUUUUAUAAAACAAGGAUCAGGGCAUCUUUUAUGAGAAAUAUCCUGUCAGUAGAAAGUCUAGUCUUUUUUCUUUAGAUGCCAGAAGUUUGUCAUAUUGCUCCCUAUUCUUGAAGUCCUAUAAAUGACACAUAAACACUAUGUGUAAAAUUGUACUUGACUGUACACUGGUAGAGUGCAUGCUGCAGAUCUGGGGGCAAGCAUGGUCCCAGUGCUCCUUAGCUGGGAGUAGAUUUAUUAAUGGGCAAAAAACUGUGUACCAAAUAAGCUCUGCAUAUUCUGUCAUUUGAUGUUUGUAUUUGGGAGCAAAUGACAGCACAAAUUUUGGACAGUAUUUUUUAUUUUUGUUUUAAAAAUAAUUUAAUUUGUUUCUCAGGUGCAGAUGAAGUUUUAUGUGUUAGCUCUCACAAAUAUUUUAUCUUAAUUCCCUUUGCUGUAGUUUUUCAUUGGUUAUGUGUAUAUAAAAGUCAGACAGAUUUGUGAGAGUGUGAGUAUUAUUUAAAGUUCAAAAAUAUCAAAUCCUUGAAAUACAUACAUCUUUUUGACAAGCCUGGGAAGCUAAGAUUAAAUUAAUAAGAAUCCAGUGCAUAUCUGGUCAGCUGCCAUAUUUAAUUUCCUUGUUCACAGACAUGAGAAUAUAUAUUAAUAGUGUGUUAAAUAAUAUAGACAGGAAGAGGAUAAGCCCAGUUUGCACAUGAAAUACAAAUUCUUGUCUUGUGAAGUUUGAAUGAAUCUUUUGAGACCUAAGUGAUAAUAGAUUGUUUACACAACUUUCCUUUUCCCUCCAAGGGAUACCAUCACUAUCCAUCUGUAGUAGGUUGUAGCAGUUUACAGUGCUGGGGAUAAAAAGCACCUGCUUCAGAAGAUCAGUAGUGGAACUGCCAGCAGAAGCAGGGCUAGAAGAGGCUAAUUGCCUCAUUAGCACAGAGUUACUCCAUUCCUAGGCUUAAUUCAUAGUCAGUGGUUGCAGUGCAGGGCACAUCUUCAGCUGGUGUGAUUUCGUGACCUUUAAUGGGGCUGCACAGAUUCCCCCCCUCAAGAAAAAGGAACAAAAGGGGUUUCCUUUUGUUACAGCAGUUUUAAAGAGCUACAUAAUUAGGAUGUCUGCCCUAUUGUUGAGUGAGUAGCUUUGAAUACCAGGCAAUACGAGUGAAAUGCCAAGCUUUCCCAGUCUAUGCUGCAUGAGUAGGUGGAUUUGGGAUUGUUCAGUAGAAAACCUUGAUGGUGCAGAGUAUUUUUGAUGUAGCUUCCCAGCUGUUAAUUGCCACAUGGUAAUGUAUUAUAGAUUUAUUUACUGGAGCAAUGUCCUCAAGCAAUAGUUUUUGUCUUCCUUAUAGCUUGGGAUCCCUAUACUUCAUCCUUCCUGGGUCUGUACCACUGGCUCUUCCCACAGGCCUUUGAAAAUAAAAGUGUGUCCAAAGAACCGUGCAUUUGAGACUUCUGAAAUACCAUCCCACUCUUAUCUGAAUGUUAAUUUUAAUACAGCCUGGGGCUGUGCCUUUCAGUUGCUGUGUAUGAGCCAUACUUCAGAAAAUGGGCAAUAUUCCCUGCCUCACUGGGUCCAGCUGCUCCUGGCUGAGGGGGCUGCACCUGCUGCAUCCUCAGGCUCCAAAUUUAGACACUUAGUGCCAAAGUACCCAUAUUGCAGAGCCAGCAUGCGUUUUGCUGAGCUCCCCAUCUCUUUGCAAUGUGGUUGUGUCAGACAGGGGAGGCCUGCCUCUUUAAUUGGGAAUUUCUGGAUGUGCUUGAGAAUUUCCGAAGUCAAUUGCUUUCAGAUAAAGUAUGCCAGUGGAUAUUCAGCAAUCCUGGAAUUUGGGCUGCAUUCAAGAAAAAGGUAGAUUAUUAUCAUGCUGUAUCCAAUUCUGAAACUUCAUCCCUAAAUGCCAGCAUGCAGAAACUUUAUUUAACACAUAUAAAAAUAUGUAUUAAGUAUUAUUGAUCUUAACUGACAGCUGGAUUUAGUUAUUUGGGAGAAAGAACAUCACAAUUUUGUUAUAUGAACUUCUACAGUCUGGCUGUGGCAUGUUUGGUGUGUAGUUAAGUGGACUGAUAAAAUUUUGGGGUAAACUGAGAAAGGAAAGGUGUCCAUUCUUUUUAGAAUACAAGCUUAUUAUCCCUGCAAGAGACUGAGUCUGUGUCAGGCUCCAGUUAAAACUUCUUGAUCUAUCUGAGUAACAGUUGUCCCCUCAAAGCUGCUGAAGUGCUUUGAACCAUUUUUGUGUUUGUCAACUUUCCAUGCAUUAUUUGGUUUUAGGUUCUUGCCUGGGGAUGCUUUUCACAAAUACUUAUUUCUGUAUUGAAUUUUCUCAUGUUUUCAGUUGAUGCUGAGUUUGGAUUGUAUUUUUAUAAAUUCCUGGGAGA